GCAGGGCCAACCGGGAGACCCAGACGCAGGCAGAGACCCAGCCGCCGCCGCUCCGCGCCCGGCCGGCCGCCCGCAGCAUCCCCCGAUGGCCGCCCGCCUGACCUGCUGCCUCCUGCUGUGGGCCCUGGGCCAUGGGGGCUGCCGCUCGCCUGCGGGGGAGGGCGCCGGCUGCCCGCCCGCCUGCCCCGUCCGGCCGCCGGCCGACCCGGACUCGUCCGCCCCCGGCCGCGACCCCCGCGGCGGCUCUUCGCCGCCCCCUGGGCUGGGCGGCAUCGCUCAGGACAUGGUAGCUGUCCACAUGCUUAAGCUCUACGAGAAGUACAACCGGGAAGGGAGCCGGCCCGGCGACGGCAACACGGUCCGCAGCUUCAAAGCCAGGCCGGAAUUCUUGGCCCAGAAGCCCUUGUACUGCUUCAAUCUGACAUCCAUGCAGGAUUCAGAAAUGAUCCUUGCUGCCACUUUUCACUUCUAUGCUGACAAACGCCCUCGGCACCGGGAAGUGUUUUGUAAACGGUCCAAGAACUCAUCCUGCCGCCUCCUUCACCUGCCUCCAGUCCUGCCGCUCAACCUAGUUUUUCAAAGCAUUCACCAGAAUUCUGCCUAUGGAGUAGUGAAAGGGAACUUCACUGUGCUGCUUCAAAGGCGAGGGGCUUGGCAUGCAAAGGACAUUUCACACAUCGUAAAAGAAUCAAAACGAGCUGGAGAGCUCAUUCUCUGUGCUGAGCUUGAUUCUGGGGAGAAACACCAGGGCUUCCCCGAACAGGCUGCCAGCCAUUUACCUUAUAUUCUAGUUUAUGCCAAUGAUCUUGCAAUCUCCGAACCUAACAGUGUGGCAGGCACCCUACAGCGUUAUGAUCCAUUCCCUCCCAGUGACGGGGACCCAAAUCUAUCCCCUAAUGCUUCUACUGAUACUCGAGUUAGGAGGGAUACUUACCUCGCUAGCUCUAUUCAGAACAACGAGUUGCCAGAAGUCGAUUAUAGCAACAAUAAAUACAACAAACAUGACAUAUGGGAGAAUGCCUACAGAUCCUUGAAACCAAAAGCCUCACGCAAAGAUCGAAGGAGAAAAGGGCAAGAAAAUUCACAAACACUUAAAAAGUCUCAGGUGCUAAAUUUUGAUGAGAAAACAAUGAAGAAAGCAAGGCGAAAACAAUGGAACGAGCCAAGGAUUUGUUCAAGAAGAUACAUGAAAGUUGACUUUGCUGAUAUUGGCUGGAAUGAAUGGAUCAUAUCUCCCAAAUCAUUUGACGCUUACUACUGUGCAGGUGCAUGUGAAUUUCCAAUGCCCAAGAUUGUCCGGCCAUCAAAUCAUGCUACAAUUCAGAGCAUCGUAAAAGCAGUAGGGAUUAUUCCUGGCAUCCCAGAACCCUGCUGCGUUCCUGACAAAAUGAGCUCACUCAGUGUCCUGUUCUUAGAUGAGAACAAAAAUGUUGUUUUAAAGGUAUAUCCCAAUAUGUCAGUUGAAACUUGUGCCUGCCGAUAAGUUCAUACAAACACACCUUUAACAAGGCCCACAAAUCCUGCCUGACUGCUCUGGGAAGUUGUAAAGGAGAAAUGAAUCCACUUGUGUUGAUGAACCAAUGCAAGUCUCCAGUUGCUCUACAGAGAGUACACAGAGAGACUAAAACAACGCACGUGCUCGCCUCGGAGGAUAGGUCGUACUGUCAUCGUUUGUCUUUCAUAUUCAUCUUCCAGGAAUUCAGUACUUCUACAGAUACCUUCCUAACCCACCUAGCCAAGAUACAUGGUGUUUAGAGAGAAAUUUAAGUGUAAACUUUUCCAUAAUCAAAGGACUAAAAUAUGUUUUUAUGUUAUUUUCUGACUAUUUUAUCUCUGCAGUUAACCAAGAACAUGGGAAAUGAACUUGCAAAGGCAGGCUUAUUUUAGAAUAUCACUUUUGUACACAAAUCAAAAAUUUUUGCCUAAAACACUCAUACUCUUAAUAUGCAUAUUUAUACUGAAAAAUGCUGUAAUAAAAGGCUUAAAAUGUAUAUUUUCUUUGGGAUGCAAGUAUAGUUCACUGCAUAAGUUUUCAUAUAAACAAUAUGUUAAUAUAGUCUUUUUUGGUUACCCUUCCUUAAUAUAUAAUUUGUUCUACAACAGACAUGUAAUAUCCCGCAUUUUUGGUUUGCUGGAUAAUUUCAGGUUGUUAAACAUAUUCUCAGAAUAACACAUACAAUAUAGUAAUAUGUUGAAAUACUAAAAAUAAAAUAACCAAGAUUUAUAUUUUUGUAAAUUAUGCUUUAUAUCCUCUAGAUUGUUACAUGCUUUUAACAAAAGCUAAUAAAUUAAAGGUACAGUAGUAUCUAAAAAUA